UGCCAGCCACAAAAUGUAUGCCCCAAUGGUGGCCGUUAUUUGAAUGUUGGUUGCGUAUUCUCUGCUCAAUGUACUCCAUUUUAUAAUGGUGUAUCUACAUGCUAUAAUGGAUGUUGCUGUACAGUACCUAGUCCUACUCCACCACCACCAUCGACAAGCCGAUUUGGAUACUGCCCAUCUGGGCAGCUCUCGGAAGUACGAUGCAGUGGUCGAUCACAAUGUCAGGCUGGACAGACAUGCAUGACCGGCCUCUGCUGUACAACCACUGGAAAUGAGUGGAAUGAAGCAUGUGGCGGUAUGACUGCUUUCGGCUCCUGUAAUAAUGGCGCCUGCUCGUAUGGUGUAUGCACUGCUUCGAACUACUGUUGCGAAUGUCCUGUAGGAAGGAGUAGUGGACGGUGUAACACAAGUGGAACCUGCCCGUACGGUUACACGUGUCAGCCGAAUGGAUUCUGUUGUCCUCAGUGUCCGAAUAAUGCGAUGCCGUUUGGAGCAUGCCGAAACGGAAUCUGUGGGGGAGGCAGAACGUGUCGCGCUGGCAACAUUUGCUGUUGA